CAUUUGGCGUUUGACGUAUGACUCGGCAUUUGAUAAAUUCAGUAAACGCUAAGCAUAUUUUGGUAAAGUAUAGAAGUUCUUGUAUAAGAAAAAUACUAAUUUAAACAAAAAUGAGCACUACUGUUAAAGAAGAAGAUAAAGUUAGUCACAAAAGUGACCACUUCAUGCUGGAGGAGGACGAUGAAUUUGAAGAUUUCCCACCAGAAGAUUUUAAUAUAAACACUGAAGAAGAUGAUAUAUUAAAUGUCUGGGAUGACAAUUGGGAUGAUGAUAACGUUGAAGACGACUUCAGCCAACAGUUGAAAGCACAUUUAGUAAAACAAUCUCUAGAAAUGCAAGUCGGAGACUCACGUUAACUGCUUUUGAUUAAAAAAAAAAAAAUAGAAAAUAUAAUUUUAACAUAUAUUUAUAUAUAUACUUUAAUACAUAAAAAUUAAUGCUUUUCUAAAAGUAUUUGUGUGUGUAAUAAUUUAUUUGAGUAUAAAGACAUUGUGCAUUUUAACUUGCGUGUGCCGCGCGUGAAGUAGGUACAUUUCUAAAAUAGUUAUGGAAACUAUGG